AUGUCCUCUCAGUUCUUCCUAAAGACCAACAAGGAUAUCGAGCUGUUCCAAGGCUACCCGGAGUUCAACGAAUGCAACCACACCUCCAAAGUGUCCCAGGUGAUCAGCUCCGUGGUGUCCCCAUGUGGUAGAUUCCUAGCACUGUCCACAAAGGAAGCCGUCCAGGUGUUCUGCGGUGCAAACUUCGAGACCUUGCUGCUAGAGGCUAAGAUUCUGGACGUGUACGAUAUCAAGUUCUCCCCAUCGGGUAAUUUCCUGAACACCUGGGAAAGGCCUUUGACUUCGGACCCGGAACAUAAGAACGUCAAGAUUUGGUUCCUUAAUCAGGAGAUCCCCGAUGCGACUAAGGUGGAACCAGUGUACGACUAUAAGUAUAAAUCUCAAAGCAACUGGUCUUUGCAAUACUCCAAACUAGAUAACUUCGCUAUGAAAUUGUUCUCUAAAGAUCUAAGAAUUGUGAAAUUGUCUAUGAAGGAACCAAAUUUUGAUUUCAACAAACCUUUUGCCACUUUGAGUUUAGACCAGGAUCAAAAUGACCAGAAUAGAAAAUUCACUACAUAUUUGGUCUCCCCAUCAGAACAUCCUACCAUUUGUACUUUCAUGCCUGAAAAAUCCGGGAAACCUGCUCAAUUGACCAUUUGGCCUAUCCUCGAAGGGAAAAUCACGAAGAAGAUCGCCACGAAAUCGUUUUUCAAAGCCGAUUCUUGUCAAUUGAAAUGGAACUCCCAAGGUAAUGCCAUCCUAUGUCUUGCCAUCACCGAUUUCGAUUCGCAAAAUAAAUCCUAUUACGGUGAAAACACUCUGUAUUUACUAUCGUUCCAAGGGGUUAACGGUACUUUGGGUGGUAACUCUGUACGUGUCCCACUUGCAAAUGGACCUGUCCAUGAUUUCACAUGGUCUCCAACCUCCAGACAAUUCGGUGUUAUUGCGGGCUAUAUGCCAGCCACUGUAGCAUUCUUCGACAUGAGAGGUAACAUUGUUCAUUCCUUGGACAAUCAAUCAAAGAACACAAUGUUGUUUUCACCAUCGGGAAACUAUAUCCUGAUUGGUGGCUUUGGUAAUCUACAAGGUGCCGUGGAGAUUCUAGAUCGUCAUAACAAAUUCAAAUCCGUCGCGAAGUUCAACGCCACGAAUACAUCUGUAUGCAUGUGGUCUCCAGGUGGUGAAUUCAUUAUGACUGCUACUACAUCCCCAAGAUUAAGAGUUGAUAAUGCAGUUAAAGUAUGGCAUGUAUCUGGUAACCUGGUAUUUGUGAAGGAAUUCAAGGAAUUGUUGAAGGUUGACUGGAGAUCCCCAAUCAAAGUAAAGACUUACACAAAUUCACAUGUCGCCAAAGAGAUGACCAUAGAUCAAGACACCGAGACAGCUGCGUUGGAUCCUAAGUUGAACAAAUCUCAGUUAUCCAUACAUAAGAGUGUUUCUGAGUUUGCUGCAGCUCAUCCUCAACAAGCUGCUAAUCACUCCAGUGCCAAUGCAGGUAAAGGUUCUGCUAGUAAACCAGCCGGAGCUUACAAACCACCACACGCAAGAAGAGCAGGUGGAUCUGCAGGUGGCUCAUCUGUACCAGGUAUGACUAGAACUGUCCCGGGCAUGGCCAAUAAACCAAUUCCAGGUGCCUCAGGUAACACCAAGACCACCAGUAGAAGAAGAAAGGCUAAAACUCCAGACAACACCGACACCGGCUCCUCAAACAACAGUGUACCAUCUUCAUCCAGCUCCGAGGCCUCCCCAGAAGAGAAGAAGAUGAGGUCAUUGCUAAAGAAGCUAAGAUCAAUCGAGACUUUGAAACAAAGACAAAUAAACGGUGACAAACUGGAAGACACUCAGGUCCUUAAAAUCAGCACUGAGGCUAAAGUGGUAGCUGACUUGAAGACCCUAGGCUGGAGUGAAUCUGAUGCUUAA